AUGGCUGGAACUGUUGAAUCAAAAGACCAGGAGCUUCAGCUCUACGAUUCAGACGCAAGAUCCCAGGAGGUAGAUCCAUCUUGGAGCCUGGAUGACAAGCGUAGGGUCGUGCGAAAGCUCGACCUAUACUUAAUGCCCCUACUCGUUUUCGGAUUCUUCGUACUGCAGCUUGAUCGAAGCAACAUCUCGAACGCACUCACAGACACCAUCACCACAGAUCUGGGUAUAACUUCGGACGAUGUCAACCUCGGAAACCAAUUAAUGCUCGCGGGUAUCGUCAUCGCUGAGCUGCCUUCGAACGUACUACUUCAGAAGAUCGGAGCACCCCUUUGGCUCACGGGGCAGAUGGGUAUCUGGGGCACUAUCGCGUUGACACAAGCCUGGUGUACGAACAAGUCUUCUUUUUACGCGACACGUUUCCUUCUGGGGUUGUUUGAGGGUGGCUAUAUCCCUGGAGCCCAGUACGUGCUUUCGCUGUAUUACACGAGAGAGGAGCUUGCGCUCCGAACCGCCGUGUUCUACUUUGGAAACUAUUUCGCAACUGCGAUAGGUUCUUUGCUGGCAUCUGGCAUCCUCCAACUUGCUGGUAGUGGGGGCCUUGCCGGUUGGCAAUGGCUUUUCAUCAGUAAGCUACCCGAAUAUGAAAGACAUGUAUUCUUCGCUAACGUCCCCUGCCCAUCAGUCGAGGGCAUUCUGACAUUACUCGUAUUCGUCAUCUUCAUCCUCUUUCUCCCGCGAAACCCUGAGCACACCAAGCCUCUUCACGGCGCCUGGGAUUUCUUCACAUCCCAAGAUCGUAAAAUUCUCAUCUCCCGGCACAACUUCACAUCAGCCAGCUACAAAGCAGACAUGAGCUGGGCCUUGAUCAAGUCGGCUUUCAUAGACGUCCGUCUCUGGCUACACCUCGUCCUCAAUUUCGUCAGCCUCGCGCCCAAAGGCGGUCUCCAACUCUACGGGCCCCUCGUCAUCAGAAACCUCGGCUUCUCAAAGACCAAAGCCAACGCCCUGAAUUCCGUCAGUUCCUUCCUCGUCGUCGUCUUCUCCUUCCUCAUCUCCUACGCCUCGGACGCUACGCGUCUCCGCGGUCCAUGGUGCAUUGUCGCAUUCGCAUGGUCCAUGGCCUUCGCCGGCACGCUGUACGGUCUCCCGCUCCGCGCAGACAAAUGGACGCGCUACUGGGUUUUCACUUUCCUGGGUAGUGGGAAUGCGCUUUCGCAGGGCUUGAAUGACGCUUGGCUCAGUGUAAAUGCGGAGACACCGGCGAAGAGGAGCAUAGGACUUGCGUAUGUGGUUAUUGGGAGUAAUUUGGGGGGACUGGCCGGGCAGCAGAUUUUCCGGACGAGUGAUGCGCUGAGGUAUCUACGUGCUCUCUUGACGAUUCUCUUGUUAUAUGCGGCUAGUAUGCUGAUUACUUGUGUGGUUAUGGCGGUCUACUGGUGGGGUAAUAGACGGCAAGGAGUGACUGGAGAGCUAGAAGAGCAUGAAGAUGGGGAGGGAAUGGUGGAUAGGAGGCUGCGACGUCAGCUUUGA